AUGCCAAGGAGGUCGGCACGGAGAGGGAAUAAGACACGACCCGAGGAAGAGGUGCCAGCUGUGUUCCAGGAUAUGCUGCGCGAGGAAGAGGCAUCCAAGGCUAUCAGUGCCCAUGCAGAUGGCCCGCCGCAAAAGAAGAGAAAGACGGCGCCACCAACCACCAGUCCACGUCCCGCUGCUCUGCCCACACGGGUCUCGCCUGUGCCGUUGCACACACAGGCGCAAGCUACGGCUACAGUUCAGCCAACCAUCAUCGAUUCAGACGAGUCGGAAGACAGUGAUAUGGAGUGGGAAGAUGCGCUGGCCGAUGGCGACGAUAGCGACGACGACGACGACGACGCUGCUGAGGGCCGGGAUACCGCACCACACAUCGGUGACAUCUCCAUUGCGAUUGGCACCAAAAAGACGGACGAAAAUGGUGGGAAGAGAAAAGUACGACGGCGAGCAAUAACCUCUGUCGAUAAAAAGCGCCGUUUGGAUAUUCACAAAAUGCACGUCCUCUGCCUGCUUUACCAUGUCCACUACAGAAACGCCUGGUGCAACGACAGAAGAGUUCAGAGCACCCUGCGUAAGAUUGUUUCCCCCAAAAUACUGGCUAACCUCGUUCCGAACCCCGACCUCACACAGUAUUCUGCAUCCAAGCAGUUUAUUGACGGGAUGAAUGAUCUCAAGAUGAUGUGGUCUAAGCGAUUCAACAUCACCGCCCGGGGCAUGCACAAGCCUCGAUGGGCCGAGGUCGAUGCCGCUAUCCGUCCCUUUUCAGACUUUGACGAAUUUGAUAGCCCCAUGGAUAAAGAUGAUUUUCGUACUGCGGCGCAUACUUUGCGGGGGUCUCAGGAUGUUGGCACGCAGCUGUUUUGCGCCCUUCUCCGUGGAAUUGGCAUAGAAGCUCGCCUUGUCUGUUCCCUGCAGCCUCUGCCUUUCUCUUCUGCCGCUGAGCGUGUAACUCCACAAAAGACGAGUUUGCAGAAGAAUACGAUAGUAGUUGAUCCGUAUAACAAGCCAGCAGAGCCAAGUCCCACAAAACCCACAUCACAGGGGCCCCGAAAUAAGAGAUUGUCAAGACUAGAGCGUGUAAUGGGCGAACGGCAUACAGUCCUGAACCAUACUGGUGUGGCGCCUAAGAAACAGAAGGCAUAUCACACCCCGUAUCCUGUAUACUGGGUUGAAGCUUUCAAUGCCGCAUAUCAGAAAUGGGUACCAAUCGACGUAUUCUCUACAUUCACAGUCAACUCGCCCGAGAAACUGGAACCACCGCUUAGCUUUCCUGACAACAUUCUGGCUUAUGCCAUAGCAUACGAAGCCGACUUUUCAGCGAGAGAUGUCACACGACGAUAUGCAAAGUCAUACAAUGCCAAGACGCGGAAAUAUCGUGUCCAAAGUACACCUGGAGGGGACAAGUGGUGGCGACGAACUAUGAAAUUUUGGAAUCGUAGAUAUCCGCUUGAUAGAGACCAAGUGGAAAACGCUACCUUGGCGCGCAAGGAAGCAUUGGAAGGUCUACCGCACAAUGUUCAAGACUUCAAAGGACAUCCCGUCUACGUACUUGAGCGGCAUCUCAAGCACAACGAGGUCAUUCACCCUCUACAUCAGGUUGGAAAGGUGAAUUGCGGCACUGCCAUGAAUCCCAAAAUGGAGCCCGUCUAUCGUCGGGUCAAUGUACAUACGGUCAGAACUGCAGACAAAUGGUAUCGCAUGGGGAGAGAUGUUAAAUUUGGCGAACAACCCCUGAAGCGCGCGAAACCCAAGAAAGGGCGGAGGAGCUCCAUUGAUCCAGACAUGGAAGGCGAUGACGAAGCAGAUGAGGUUGGGGCUGGUCUCUUUGCUGAGUUUCAAACCGAACUCUAUGUGCCACCUCCCGUCGUGCGAGGCCGUGUUCCACGCAAUGUCUACGGCAACCUUGACUUGUACGUUCCCUCCAUGUGCCCACCAGGGGGUGUACAUAUUCGACAUAAGCUUGCGUCCAAAGCAGCACGUCUCGUUGGUGUCGACUUUGCAGACGCCGUCACUGGAUUCUCUUUCAAAGGCCGCCACGGCACUGCAAUCGUGCAGGGUGUGGUAGUUGCGCAAGAAUACGCCGAUGCGGUACAAAGCGUGAUUGAGGGCAUGGAGUAUCAGCAAGAAGAAGCAGAAGCAGCAGCGCGCAGAACCGAAUCGCUUCGACUGUGGCGACGCUUCUUCCUUGGUCUGCGCAUUGCAGAGCGCGUCAACGCCAUUGAAAUCGAUGGCGAGAAAGGCCCAGCUAUCGACGUGCAGGAUGAGAUUAGUAAAGAAGAUCGAGAGCUGGCUGCCCAGGAAAUGGCAGGUGGAUUCUUUCCUGACGAUGGCGCGGCUGCCGAGCCCUCCGGCAGUGGGUAUCAGCCACGACACGAAGACGAUACUGGUGGUGGAUUCUUACCAGAUAGCAGCGAUGCUGACUUUGACGACGGUGGCGGUGGAGGCUUCAUAGUAGACAAAGAUGAAGCCGUAGCACCCACCACCCUAAACCGACACCAAAGCUUCGAAAGUUCCAUUCUAGAUGCACAACCACUUCUGCCCCCGCGUCCAUGUAGUUGUGAUGAAGUUUACUCUUCCGACGAUGACGACGAGAGUGAGGAAUGGCAACAACUAGAAGCUGAACCUUGUACGACUGCUGGAACUCGCACUAGUAGUGCGAUACCCGUACAAGUCGACCCCCUUGCAAAAAAAGAAGCUGCACCACAAAAUGAGGAGCCGCAAGAAAUAGCACCGGCCCCGGAACAUGCAACGGAUGCGUCCAACGGUAUAGAGAAUGCCGAAACCAAGUCACCUCCAGCAGCACACGUCCCUUCUUCUUCGUCGUCGCCAUCGGAAACGGGGUCGCUCAUGUUGGAAGAUCCCGAGGACGAAGAUGCAGAUCCGGAUUGGUUAGUCGAUGCUACUUGA